AGACUUUGAGAUGUUAAUAUUAUCUGAAUGAAUGUGAAUUGUUCUUUUUUUAAUUAAAUGUUUUACUUUCUUAUUCUUCCUCAGAAAUGGAGCAAACUCUAUGUUUCAUUCUUCUUCUCGUUGCUCUCUGCUCCGUAUCUGAAUGUGUUCAGCGUCAGUAUCACUUUAUAAAUGAGAACAAGACCUGGACUGAAGCUCAGAGAUACUGCAGAGAGAAAUACACAGAUCUGGCCACCGCUGACAACAUGAACGACAUGAACGAGCUGAACAAGAGUGUGAAUGAUGGAAGUGUUCAGUAUGUCUGGAUUGGGCUGCAGAAGACGGGUCGUGAUGAAUGGCAUUGGUCUUCAGGUGAACCUGCGCUCUAUCAGAACUGGUCUGCUGGACAACCUAAUGGCGGAGAUGAGUGCACUGGGAUGAAAGAUGGACAAUGGCAUGAUUUGGGAUGUAAUGAUAAACAGCAUUUCAUCUGCAACAACACAAACACAGGACUCAUCUUUAUCAAUCAGACGAAGAAUUGGAGAGACGCUCAGAGUUACUGCAGACAGAAUCACAUUGAUCUGGUCAGUGUGAGAAACCAGGAUGAGAAUGAGAAGGUUAAGAAGAUCAUUAGCGAUAAUCACUCAUCUGGAUCACAAGUCUGGAUCGGUCUGUUGAGAGACUCAUGGCAGUGGUCAGAUCAGAGUAACUCUUCAUUCAGAUACUAUAUGUCUGGUGAACCUGAUAAUUAUGGAGGUGUUGAAGACUGUACAGUGAUUGAACCGAUUGCUCAGGGACAAUGGCAUGACGUCUCUUGCAGCAAACAAUAUCCUUUUGUGUGUCAUGAAGAUAAACUGAUUGUGAUCAGAGAGAAUCUGACGUGGUCUGAAGCUCUGAGAUACUGCAGACAGAAUCAUGUGGAUCUGGUCUCGGUUCAUUCAGAAGAGAUUCAGCGUCGUGUGAUGAACGUGGUUAAACUGGCGUCUACUGCGGAGGUGUGGUUGGGUUUACGUCACUCCUGCACUGUGGGCAUCUGGUUCUGGGUGAGUGGAGAGACGGUGUGCUAUCAGAACUGGGCUCCAGGGAACGGUACAUCAGAGGAGGACUGUGAACACACAGUGAGAUCUGGAGCAGUUCAGUCUGGAGGAGAUCAGCGCUGGAUCAGCCGUCCUGAAACUGACAAACUCAACUUCAUCUGCAGCAGAGAUUAAGAGUGAAAGGAUACACAGACCUUUCAUGUAAGAAAACAAGUGUUUGUGUGUUCACUUCAUUUAACUUCAUUUUCAUUCAUCACUUUGUAAAGUAAUCAUUUU